AUGGAAUUUCCUAAAGGCAGUAAUAAUUCAGUGGUAAUUGAGUUUGUUCUAACUGGCUUUUCUGAUAGACCUGACCUGAAGAUUUUUUUAUUUAUGAUUUUUCUUCUUGUUUAUUUAACUUCUAUUUUGGGAAAUGCCGGGAUAAUACUUAUUGUAUUUAACAAUACCCUUUUUCAUACGCCGAUGUACUUUUUCAUUAGCAACCUCUCCUUCAUAGACCUCAUAUACUCAUCAGAUAUUGCUCCAAAGAUGCUGGCUGGCCUACUUUGUAGGCAAAUAACAAUCUCCUACAUUGGCUGUGCAAUGCAGCUUUUCUUUUUCUGCGCUCUUGGAAGUACUGAAUGCAUCCUAUUUGCUGUUAUGGCUUUUGACCGAUAUGUGGCAAUCUGUAACCCAUUAAGCUAUAACUUGGUAAUGCAGCAGAAGAUGUGUCUGCAGCUGGUGUGUGAAGCUUUUACAGCCGGUCUCCUGCAUUCUCUGAUUGAGACUUGUCUCACCUUUCGUCUGUCCUUUUGUGUCUCUAAUAUUCUUCAUCACUUUGCUUGUGAUUUCCCUCCAUUGUUAAGCAUAUCUUGCAGUGACACUUCCGUUAAUGAGAUUGUUAUGUUUAUUUUGUCCUCUUUGCUCACCAUGCCUUCUCUUGUGGUCAUUCUUGGGUCAUAUAUUUCUAUUUUGUUGGCUAUUUUAAAAAUAACUGGAACAGAAGGAAGAAAAAAAGCUUUUUCAACUUGUGCCUCACAUAUUACAGCCGUGACUUUACUAUACACCACUGUCCUUUAUGUUUAUCUCAGUCCGAAAUCCUCAGCUUCUAGAGAUAAUGUAAAUAUAGCUACUGUAUUUUAUACAGUGGUACUGCCCAUGCUUAACCCAAUCAUUUAUAGCAUGAGGAACCAAGAUAUAAAAAAUGUGCUAAAAGCAACAUUAUUAGGGAAAUUAGGUUGCAAUAUAUUAUGUAGGGCAUAA